AUGCUGCUUGAGGUGUUCCUGCUCCUGGGGACACUCCUUAUCUACUACUUCUUUUCCAAGAAGAAUGAAGAGACACUGCCCUUCAAAGAUGGGUGGUGGGGCAGGGGACAAAAGCCUGAGACCAAAGAAGACUCCAGUGUUAGACCAUUUAAGGUGGAGACUGCAGAGGAAGAGCUGAGUGAUUUGUUUAGGAGACUGGACCAGGCUCGAUUCACUGAGCCACUGGAGAACAGCUGCUUUCAUUAUGGGACCAACUCAGUGCACCUCAGGAAGGUGGUGUCCUACUGGAAAAACCAGUUCAAUUGGAAGAAACAAGUUGAAGUCCUCAACAAGUACCCACAAUUCAAAACAAAGAUUCAAGGCAUUGAUAUCCAUUUUGUUCAUGUAAAGCCUCCUCGUUUGCCUGAAGGCCAGGCUGCAAAGCCACUAUUGAUGGUUCAUGGUUGGCCUGGCUCAUUCUACGAGUUUUACAAAAUCAUCCCCCUGCUGACGGAUCCUGCAAGCCACGGCCUCGGGGAUGAGCACAUCUUUGAAGUCAUUUGCCCAUCCAUCCCUGGUUAUGGUUUCUCAGAAGCACCCCACAAGCAAGACUUCAAUUCCGUGAGUGCUGCUUCUGUAUUUUAUGAAUUGAUGCUCAGACUGGGAUUCAAUGAGUUCUACACCCAGGGUGGUGAUGCUGGCUGUGUCAUCUGCACCAACCUGGCCCAGAUAGCUCCCAGCCAUGUGAAAGGUCUCCAUUUAAACAUGGUCCUGGUUUCGAAGCUGGGGCUCUCUCACCUGCUCUCCAUCCUGCUGGGCCGGUACUUCCCAGGGCUCUUUGGAUUCCAGGAUGAAGAUGUCAGGAGGAUGUUCCCCUUCUUGAAGAAAUGGCUCUACAAGAUCUUGUCUGAGUCUGGCUAUGCUCACAUACAGGCUACAAAACCAGAUACUGUUGGCUGUGGUUUGAAUGACUCCCCUGUGGGACUGGCUGCAUACAUCUUGGAGAAGUUUUCCUCGUGGACUGAUAUGGAAUUCCGGAAUCUAGAGGAUGGAGGACUGGAGAGGAAGUUCAGCCUGGAUGACCUGCUCACCAAUAUCAUGAUCUACUGGGUGUCAGGCUGCAUUGUCUCCUCCAUGCGUUUCUACAAGGAAAACCUGCAGAAGGGGAUAGGCACGCAGAAACAUGAAAAACUCACAGUACAGGUACCCACUGGCAUUGCUGCCUUCCCUAAUGAAAUCCUGCACAUACCCCAGGCUUGGGCCAAGAAGAAAUACACCAACAUUGUCUCCUUCCACUUCAUGCCUCGGGGUGGCCACUUCGCAGCUUUGGAGGAACCUGAACUUCUUGCCAAAGAUAUUCUGCAGUUUGUUGACAAAGUAGAGAAAGAGCAACUCUGGAUAAAGAAAGGGGAAUAACUUCCCUAAGAAACAGGAGGGUAAUUACUUUUAGCUUAGCACAUGUACAGGGCUUACUUAGUCUGCUGUAAUCCAUGUAAUUAGAUUUUAUUGUUGACCAGAUGUGAGCAAGGACAGAAAGAAAAAUACAGUGUAUACUGCCAUGGGGACCAACAGAUUUUGGGCUCGUUUUUUUUUUGUUCAGCUAGGCUAAGAAAGUAGCACGAAGAGUACUUGAGUAUCUUCUGAAACAUAUUCUGUAGUAUUUUUGACUCUUGCUUUGAGAUUGAAAAAUAGACCUCACAACUACCAACGUACCUAGUAACAGUAAAAUUGUUAUGAAAGGUUUUUUUUUUAAUGGCAACGGUAAAAUUUGAGUUGCUGUGAGUAUGAAGUUCCUCACAUAAAGAACAGGGAGCAGUCUGGCAGGACCUAACUUGC